AUGAAACGAAGAAGUGAGAAUGUUGAAGGAAUGAAAAUGGUUCAUUCUUCUGCUCCUGUGGUCCAGUCUCUUUCAAUUGAGUCAUCUCCUGAGGCAUCUAAUGAGGCUACUCAGGUUUCGAUCGCCGCCGUCUCCCACAUGAAGCAUAUUUUCACCCAUGGCCUGAAGAAGGGAAGAAAGGAUGAUCAUGGCAUAAAUCAUCCUGUCAUUAAGAGGAGGAGAGAGGAUCCUGAUGAUAGUGAGGGUGGUGGGGAUACCUCCAUGGAGCUGAGGCCCUUUGACAACAGAGGGGUCCUUUAUCUACAACAUGAGCACAGGUCCCAGUAUGUAUGGGAUGCACCGGUAUCCUCUAGUAGAGUGGUCCGUACCCAUUCGGGGGAGCCAGCGUGGGAUAUUCUAGAGGCUAUUCCCCCACAUCCUCGUGUCAUAGAUAUACUCCGUUGGGGCGGUAUCUACAGGUGCAUUGAGGUUGGUCGGCUUGUGCACGAUAGGGCUCUAGUGACGUCCAUGAUUGAGCGCUGGCGACCGGAGACCCAUACAUUUCAUCUCCGCACUGGCGAGGCUACCAUCACCCUGCAGGAUGUCGUGGUGAUUUAUGGUCUACAUAUUGAUGGACAGGCAUUGUAUAGAGUGGAGCCUCCGCAGCUGUCGUAUCCCCCGGGAGUUGACUAG